AUGGAAAGUUUGAAUACGAGCUUUGGGGAAGGCUUCAUUAUGUUGGGCUUCUCAGAUUGGCCUCAGCUGGAACCGAUCCUCUUUGUCUUUAUUUUAAUUUCCUACUCCCUAACUCUCCUUGGCAACACCAGCAUCAUUGUUCUCUCUAUCCUGGACCCUCAGCUGCACACACCUAUGUACUUUUUCCUGUGCCACCUCUCCUUCCUAGACCUCUGUUAUACCACAUGCACUGUGCCCCAGCUUCUGAUCAACCUGCUUGGACUCGACAGGACCAUCACCUAUGGAAGGUGCGUGGCUCAGCUCUUCAUUACCCUAGCCUUGGGCUCCAUCGAAUGUGUGCUUCUGGUGGCGAUGGCCUUCGACCGCUAUGCUGCUGUUUGCCGUCCACUCCAUUACACAACUGUUAUGCACCCCCAGCUCUGUCACUUCCUGGCUACCAUCUCCUGGUUGGGAGGCUUCAUGAAUUCUGUGAUUCAGACCAGCCUCAUGAUGGCCAUGCCACUCUGUGGUGUCCGUCUCAUGAACCACUUCUUCUGUGAGAUGCCUGCUUUUCUGAAGCUGGCUUGUGAGGAUAAGGAUGGGACAGAGGCCAAGAUGUUUGUGGCCCGCGCCAUAAUCUUGAUUGUUCCUGCAACACUGAUUCUAGGCUCCUACGUGCUCAUUGUUCAGGCGGUGUUAAGUGUCAAAUCAAUGACAGGGAGAAGAAAAGCUUUUGGAACGUGUGGAUCCCACCUCCUCGUGGUUUCCCUUUUUUAUGGCUCGGCCAUAUAUGCAUAUCUCCAACCCAAAAGUAGUUAUUCUGAAAGCAAGGGAAAGUUCGCUGCCCUUUUUUAUACCAUAAUUUCGCCCAUGCUCAAUCCUCUGAUUUAUACCCUAAGGAACAAGGAUGUCAAGGAGGCAUUGCGGAAAUUUCUGAAAGUAGGCAGAGUCUCAGGCUAG